GCUGAACUCGGUGCUCGGCACUGCUUCUACGUCGUAUAACUUGACAUUAGUAACUACCAGACACUUCGCAUUUCCUUCAUACUAUAGAACGCAAUGGCCUAUUAUAUGCAAGGAGACAAGUUUCCGAAGGGUGGAAGGAGAGGAAUGAGAGGUCGUGGCAGAGGACAGCAGUAUUUUGCUACUCGCACCUCAGAUGUUCUUGACAGUGCUGUAGCUGUAGAUCCUGACGAUGUCUUCAUAGUUCGCCUUCCUAAGAAUUACCUAGGGCCUGCUCCUGUGUUUAAACAUCAGGUUUUGGGUGGAUAUUCACUUGAUGAAGACAAGAAUCUGAGAUUCGAUCAAUCUAGCCUCAGGUUCCUGGACAGAAAAUACUUGCCCACACAUGGACAACUUAAGGUGAACUUGGAUCUCAAUGCAGGGUUUGCGAAGGCUUCUCGGUAUAGUGGAAGCAUCGAGCAAACUUUUCACAGCUUUCUGCGGUGGAUACUCUCCAACAAAGAAGUACUGAUGACUGAGACUACUCCUCCAAGACUGGCGGCUGAUUUUAUUGGCAUCAGAAAUGUGUUCUCCACCAUUAUGAGAACACAGUACAGUCCUGGGGAAAUAUGGAGUAUUGAUGCCGUAGAGUAAGUUUCUUUUUCACUUGAAGUUAUAACAUUCCUAAUAACUUUUUUAACCAGUUCAUUUGCCAUCUAAAUUUAUCUUUAUCUAAUUUAAAUAUACACCUAUAAUAGGUUGAUGUGAUGAGGUAGCCAGAUAAUAUCCUAAACUUGGGGGUUUCCAAAAUUUUCACUACGAGAGUCACACGUUUAUAUUUUACACGUUUUCGUUGGGAAAGGAAAAAAAUAAGUCUUAUAAAUAAAUUUAAAUGGAUGAAUAAGUUUUUUUUUUCAAUCAUCAUGAUGUGAUUGAGAACAAAAGAGAAAAGUGACAAUUACGAAGA